UUUCUAAUGUAAGUUGGUUUACAAUCUAAACACUUGCUUGCAGUGGCUCGUAACGCUGGACCGUCCUCAGUACAAUUGGAGAAAUUGAUUGAAUUCAUGGAAGUGAGAUCAGACCUUGCCACUGGACAUGCCCGUACAGCGAAUGCUAGGACCCGUAUGCAAAAUGGCUGGACCGAAAUAGCUACGGUGUUAAACAGUGUUGGCAACGGGUGCAUAAAAGAGUGGAAGCAGUGGGCUAAGUACUGGAAAGAUAAAAAAGCUGCCACAAAAAGGAAGGCAAAUAUUGCACAGACUGCUAUGCAGAGGACAGGUGGUGGGGUCGAUGUAGACGUGGUGGAGCUGUCAGAUCUGGAGAAAAGAAUUCUGACCAUUUCUGGUGGUCUGAGUUUUGCUACUGGUGAUAGGAAUUUAGCAAUCAAUCCAUUUCAUGUAUGUAUAUAA